AUGUCCACUGACCUGGACGACACGGACAACGUGUUCGACCUGAACGAGGCGAUCCCGGAGACUGAGCUUCUGGACAACAACAUCCAGAAAGGCCGAGCCCAGCUGUCCAUCAAAGCCCGGAGGCACCGCCCCUCGAGGUCCUGUCACCGUGACAGCGUGAGCUUGACGGAGGGAGAUGAUGACGACAGGAAGGACAGUCAGUUAUACUCUGCCUGCUCACCUCUCCACCUGGCCAUGCGAGGCUCCUCCCCCCCCCCUGAUUCGCUGCUUUCUGCCCGAAGCCCCGCCUUUUCUUUCGACACGUCGCUGGUCCGUCACUCUCCAGAGGACGGGGGCGCGUCAUUGGCUGCUACCCCACGGGGACGGUACCACCAGCUAACCAAUGCUACGUCUCAGGAGGCUCUAACUCCGCCCAGCACCUCGCCCUCCAAAUCCUGCCCCUCCUCCAAAACUUCACCUGUCUACAUGAGGAGGAACAGAAGGCCGGACAGUGAAGUGUUGGUAUCUGAUACAGACACCAGUCCUUCUGACCCCGGCAGCCCGACUCGUGUCUUUGACAAGAAAACCAAGAGACGGUUCUUGGACUUAGGGGUGACUCUGAGACGUUCGUACGUCAGAGUGAGGACAGAACAGAACAGACUGUCAGUCAGGUGAGUGGAUCAGAGUCCGUCUCGUUCCUUCGUCCCAUUGUCCUGGUUCACUGAAGGACGAGGGUCUGUGACUCCACCCCCCAAAGUCCCCCCGCUGAGCCCCCCCACGCCCCGAAAGGCUCACUCUCAGGAGUCCGUGCUCAGUGAGGAGUUUUCUCCUCCUCACUCCUCCCCCCCCCCUGUCGACUCCUCCAGAUCCUCUCAUCCGUACCACACCCUGUUCUCUGAUGAGCCUGGUGAUGAGACAUCAUGUGUCGCGUUGUCGUGGACGACUCAGCAGGUUUGUCAAUGGCUCCAAAGACUCAACAUGGAGAAAUAUGUCCCAGAAUUCAAUGCGAGAAACGUGGACGGACAGCAGCUGCUGCAGAUGGACGGCAGCAGGCUAAAGGGUCUGGGCGUGCUCAGCUCGUCUGAUCGCUGCACUCUGAAGCGUCGCAUCAAAGAAAUUCACGCUGCAGCGGAGAAGCAGAGAAAAGUUCUGGACAAACUGGAAAAACAAAAAGCAAAACAAUGCAGGAAAGAACAGGAGCAGCGCAGGAGCUGA